AUCGGAAACUUGUUAGAUAUGCCACAACUCAGACAAUGGGUUGGAUUCAGGGACUUAUGCUCAGAACACGGAGAAAUCGUAUACCUGAAUCUGCUGGGCAGGCCCAUGCUCAUCGUCGGCAGCGCACGAGCAGCGACAGAGAUAUUAGAAAAGGGCUCUGCAAAUACGUCUGACCGCCCACCUAGUCAUCUGCUUCCGCUGUGA